GGAACACACAGAGUUUCGCUAUGGGAGCUGUCGUAGUCGACGAUGGUCCAUCUGGCAUCAAAGCCCCUGAUGGGGGCUGGGGCUGGGCUAUUCUCUUUGGCUGUUUUGUCAUCACAGGAUUCUCCUAUGCCUUUCCUAAGGCAGUUAGUGUCUUCUUUAAAGAGCUAAACCGGGAGUUUGGUGUUGGAUACAGUGAUACAGCAUGGAUCUCCUCCAUUCUACUGGCUAUGCUUUAUGGAACAGGCCCCCUGUGCAGCGUGUGUGUCAAUCGGUUUGGCUGUCGUCCCGUCAUGCUCGUUGGGGGCCUCUUUGCUUCGCUAGGGAUGAUAAUGGCUUCUUUCUGCACCAACAUUAUCCAGCUCUAUCUCACUGCAGGCGUUAUCACUGGUUUGGGUCUGGCACUCAACUUCCAGCCAUCGCUUAUCAUGUUAAAUCGAUACUUUGACAAGCGCCGGCCUUUAGCAAAUGGGCUGUCUGCUGCUGGGAGCCCUGUGUUUCUCUGUGCCCUUUCUCCUUUGGGGCAGAUACUACAACAUGAAUAUGGUUGGCGAGGGGGGUUUCUUAUACUGGGUGGGAUGCUGCUCAACUGCUGUGUUUGUGGAGCAUUAAUGAGACCUUUGGAGCCUCCCAAGAAAUCUGAAGUUACCAAAGAAAUUGUUGAGAAAAAAACAAAGAAAAAGCUCCUGGAUUUCAGUGUGUUUAAGGAUACUGGCUUUGUCAUCUACACUGUGGCUGCUUCCAUCAUGGUGCUGGGCCUCUUUGUGCCACCAGUGUUUGUGGUGAGCUAUGCCAAGGACCUGAAAUAUGAAGACACAAAAGCAGCUUUUCUUUUAUCCAUUCUUGGAUUCAUCGAUAUCUUUGCCCGGCCCACCUGUGGAGUGAUUGCUGGUCUCAAGCAGGUCAGACCACGUUGCGUCUACCUCUUUAGCUUUGCUAUGUUUUUUAAUGGUUUUACAGAUCUCAUGGGAUCCAUGGCUGAUGACUAUGCUGGCUUGGUAGUCUUCUGUAUUUUCUUUGGCAUUUCCUAUGGAAUGGUAGGUGCCCUUCAGUUUGAAGUUCUCAUGGCUAUCGUCGGCACUCAGAAAUUUUCCAGCGCCAUUGGCUUGGUGCUUCUGGCCGAAGCAAUGGCUGUCCUAGUCGGCCCACCAUCAGCAGGUAAAAUCUUGGAUGCCACGAACAGGUACAUGUUUGUUUUUAUUACUGCUGGAGUUGAAGUUACGGUCUCAGCCCUCGUGCUGGCUUUAGGAAAUUUCUGCUGUAUUAAGAAAAAAUCAGAAGAGCCUCAAACAAAAGAGGAAGCAGCAGAAAGAGAGGAGCUGAACAAAAUGGAAGACAAACCCCCUGAAGAUGCCAAGGUGGACUCUAUCGAAGUGGAACACUUCCUGAAAGAUGAGCCUGAAAGAAAUGGGGAAGUUGUGACCAACCCAGAAACUUGCGUGUGAGUGUGACAAGAUGAGUGACAAAGCAUUUAGGAAAGAAGCAAAGAAUUUCAACACUAUUUAUUUUAGAAGUAGAACUAGCUUAGGGCUGGGCCAUUUGCUUAGCUGAUCGGAAGCAAACCAGCUCAUAGCACAUUCUGUAGAAACGGGUUUGUUGGGAAGCCUUUUCUCAGAAAACUGUUUCUUUCAGUGAGAAGUGAAGCUUUGUGGUUAUAACUUUUAACAAAACUUAAACAGUCAUUGUAAACACAUGUAGAAGUCCUGCUAUGCAUCACCAGAAAUUUCUCACUUGAAAGAAAAAAAUAUUGUCAUUGAAGAGGAAUGAUGUGUAUGUUUUCUGUCAAUACGGGUGAAAGCGUGUGUUUGUUUGCUACGUGGUGUUCACCUAAAUGCAACUUCCCUUUCUUUGUUCUUUGUCAAAUGUGGAGAGCUUGAGAUGGGGGAAAAAUCUCAGGAACUUAAGGUCUUGGAAACCUCUUACUUUUUUCAGAUAUUUUUAGAUUAAUUGACUCAGCCCUAACUUAAUUUUGAUAAUAUGAAUAACUAUUACUUGGGUUUAUGUAAAUGUAUUUAUGUGAGUUUUGUCUCAACUUGUCAUUUUUGUAACUGUAAUUUUUAUUGGAAAUACUGUACACUGAGGGGCAUCCAGAGAGACAGUGCCCUCAGUGGGACACAGCUACUACUCCCAAAUAGCAACAAAUGAAAAUGAAAAGCAAAGCAGUAUUAAUCAUAACAGACGAGAAGAGAACAAGUUUAGUUUGAUGUCGGUUUUCCGAAGCCUUGCCAGAGACGUUCUGCCAUCGCGGCGUACAGAUAGAUUUUCAAAAGGAACCUAGAGAAUAUAGGUUUGGAUACUAAGGUCACUAAGACUUUUCUAACUGAAAAUUGCCAGCAUGUUUAAAUGUAAGAACUAAAAAUGUGUUCUAGGUCAAACAUAACAGAGAUAUGGGUCUUGGCUAACUUAGAAAGAAGAAAUGGGUGACUUUUAAGCAAGUUACCUAACACACUUUAAUUAAAUGUGGGUUAAAAUAUAUUAGCACCAGUACAGAUAUGUUUUAACACUUUUCCUUGAGCCAGCUAUUCCUCCUUGUUGGAAAGAAUGGCCCCAUAUUUGCCUCAUCUAGAUAGGCUCUUGGAGGCACAUUAGGGUCAGUGAAGGAAAGAUAAUAGUGUUAUUGAUCCCAAGGCCCACAGUGCUCAACAGUGCCCAAACACAGCAGUCAACAACAAUUCCUACUGAACCAAAAGAAAAGUAAAGGCAGAGAAAGGGG